AUGGGUCAAUUCGACUGGUUCCGAUCUAUUGGCGCGACGCCUGAGGCUGUCGCGGUUCUGAAUGACCAGCCCAUUCUCUUCACCAUCCUCCUGAUCGUUCUCGUCGCCGUCAUCCUCCAGGGAGUGCUUCUCUGGUACAUCCACUUUGCGACAUUGAAGCCCGAACAGAAAAAGAAGAAGGAGCCGAAGAAGGGAGACUUCGCUUGGCCAGAUGUAAUCCAAGGGCCUCCGACCGAGUUCAGAUUCCCCGCAUAUCCCAUCAUCAUCAUCCGGUUGGCGGUCAUGGCUGGUUGGUUGGAACGAUAG